AUGCCGCCUCGAAAAACUGUGCAAUAUGAUGAUUACAGGCAAGCUGUUCAACAGAUUAUACUGUCUUCCUCUGAUGCUGAUUAUCUGGAUCAACUAAUACCCGCCCUAAAGGACGCUACCCUAUCCAAUAGAACUCCUGUACUCAUACGAAGUUUAUCACAAUAUGCGGAUGAUCGCGAGGCUGACAUCGAACGGAUUGGUUUGACAAAGCACGAAGAAUUCCUAGCAUCCGUCAAUCAGCUCCAACAAGUUCGAGAAGGAACCUCCCAACUUACAUCCGAAAUUCUAAAGCUCAAUCAAUCCAUUCAGGCGAGCACAGAAAAACUAGCUGCACAAAAGGAGGCAUUGGUGGACACAAGGUCUGUCCGUCAGAAUAUUGCGGAAGCUUCUGAGGCGUUGAAGGAAUCCUUGAAAGUUUUGCAUGCCGUGAAUCAAGCACAUGAUUUAAUACGGAAGAAGAAAUACUAUGCAGCUCUGAAGGCGCUGGACGAUUUACAGAACGAGCAUUUGAUUCCAACAAUUCAGAACAAAUAUGCUACCCAACAUACCCUCGCAGAAAUAAUUCAAAAGUCGAUUCCCUCCUCUCAGAAAGCUAUCUCGGAAGCAGUAAUGAGUGAUUUGAAUACCUGGCUCUAUCGCAUCCGUGAGACGUCUCAGUUCUUAGGGGAAGUGGCAUUCUAUCAUACAAAUAUUCGACGGAGCAGGCAGAAGGAGCGCAUGGAGGCAAAUCCGUAUCUUCGAAACUUCAAACUAAAUUCAGCCAUCGAGCUGGUCUAUGAUGAAAGUGAGGAAUUUGAUGUGUUGAACAAUGAGGAGCUCCAAGUUGAUUUCGACCCCUUAUUUGAGUGUUUACAUAUUCACGAGGCACUCGGUCAGAUUGAGAAAUUCAAAAGCGAAUAUGCUGCCACAAGAAGGCAGCAGAAAGAUUUGCUGCUGCCCAGCUCCGUGAACUUAACCGAUGAAGAGAGCGAACAUUUCUUAAGUGCCUUGCUGGAAGGUAUUGCUGGCUUCGCUAUAAUAGAAAAGGCUACUAUGCGGAAAGUCCAUAAUUUGCGUUCCCCAGUUGAUGUCGAUGAGUUGUGGGAUUCGAUGUGUCAUGCCGCCAUCAACGCAGUUUCCAAAGCUUUGGAUGAAUUCGAUAACCCGGAUGUUAUUCUGCAAACCAAAAAUGUGAUAGCAUUGUUCAUCCAGACAAUGGAGGGCUGGGGAUAUUCAGUGGCCAUAUUAGAUACUUAUGUGCUUAAGCUUUUCUACAGAUAUGCUGAUUUGUUGAAACGGAAAUUCAGUACAGACUUUCAACAGAUUGUGUCUACGGAUGAAUACAUGCCUAUGCCUGUCAACAGCGAAGAAGACUUUGACAAAAUCAUUCAAGUCAGUUGGUACGUUCCAGACAAACCAAAAGAAGAGUACACAUUCCCUGGUGUAUUGCCAUUCUCCCAGAUGUAUCCGAUGUGUUGUAUAGAUAUCAGGAAUUUUUUGAACCGAUUUUACUUCAUAAUGGAUGAUCACUUUCAACAGCCAAAUAUUAUUGAUGAGACACUUAAGAAGUCGAUAGAUGAGCUUCUUUCCGAGGAUAUCUGUGACCCGCUCGUGGAAAAGCUGAGUACCCAGUACCUGGGCCAGAUUGUCCAAAUCCUCAUAAACCUUGAGUAUUUCGAAUCAGCGAGUAGAGAAUUAGAACAACUUCUCUUAGCCGCACGAUCAUCCACAUCGGCUGGUGGGCCAAUUGUUCUUGCUGCUACAGAGAAGUUCUCAAGCAGUAAGAAAGACGCGGAAAAGCGUAUUUUCGAAGUAGUCAACUCCAAGAUAGACGAUUUGGUCGAGACAGCAGAUUAUGAUUGCCCAGAAGUAAACUACAUGCAAACCCUUACAACCUAUCUUUCCAACAUCAUGAGCUCCACUCUCCUUACCCUGCCCCGCGAGAUCAAAGAACUCAUUUACUUCGACGCUCUCUCCCACGCCGCAAAUAUGAUCCUAGCUAUUCCUCUUUCCCCCGAAGUCAAAAAAAUUAAUCCCCACGGCGUCGCCGCGCUCGCAAAAGACGUAGCCUACCUCUCCGAAUUCGUCGAUUCCCUUGACAACGCUCUUAUCCUCAAAGAGAAUCUGGAUGAAUUACAACAAACAGUUUAUUUGAUGCAGACAGACAAUCCGGAUGAGUUUUUCGAUAUCAGUACCAGGAAUAAGAAGUUCGGAAGAGUGGAUGCUUUGAACGGGCCUAAGAUUUUGGAAAAACUUACUCAUACAAUUACGAGUCCGGCGAAGCCAGAUCGUCUUGCUGGAUUUUCGUCAAGGUUUGGCAUGAACAAGUCAUAG